CCUAGUUUUUCCAAGAGAGGGCGAAGAUCCGGUUUGAGAUUAGCAGACGAGUUUGAAUUUUUGAAAUGGACGGCGGACGUUUACACCAAGUUCGAGUCUCCAAGCGAAAUCCGGACGAUUGGAAGUUAAAUAAUGGAUAUUAUAUAAGUUGGAGCGAGAAGGAAGAAGAAAAGAGGAACGAAACGAUGUACAAAUCGAAUAAUUUACAGAGAAAUAACUCGAGAUCCGGCAGACUGAGCUUAAGAAUGUCUGCCGUUAAAAUGAAUGCAAAUCAGAAGUUUGGUUCGUUGAAGUUAAAAAUGAACAAAUUGACUAAGUGGAUACAGAGGACGGCCAAAGGAAAUGGCUACGAGGGCAAGUCGUACAGUCCGUUACGCAAUGCCAAAUCUCCCGUCAAGCUGUAUUCUCCCUUUUAUAUUGUCACUCCCAGUCCUCGCACGCAGGAGUCGAAACGCAGGCAGAAUCUACACAGGCCCAGAAGAUGUGAAUUUUCGAGUCCCGUUGCUUAGUAAAAUGGAAGAAUGCGUCGGACGGAGUUCAUGCAGCUACUUUUUAAAGUAUUAUAUAUAUAUAUAUGCACGUUGUAUCGUUUGUAAUACGAACUACGUGUGUGUCAUUU